UAGGUAAUUUUAAUUGGACUGUCACGUAUAUGACUAAAGUAAGAAAUGAAAUGAACAGUCAAAGAUGGCUGAACCAACGACAGAACAACUCGUGUUAUACAUAGUUCUACCAGUAACAUCAUUCUUUGUCGUUGUGUUAGCAAUAUGUUGUUGUUACCGAGAACGAAAGUUGUGUUUUCGAAAGGACAGAGGAGAUACCCUGUUAGCACCCGAGCAAAAGAACAGAUUCCGGAUAAAGCUGGGAAAAAAACAUCGUUCGAGUUUCGCAGAUGGCCAACUCGGUAUUCGGAACAACGGUUCAGGUGACAGGAACGGCAAGACAGCGGUUUUAUCGCCGGUUAUAUCUCAACCAAGUUAUACAGAGUCUGCUCCAGUUGGCCAAGUAACUUCUCGGAAGAGUCCGCUUUCAUCGUCUCCCCCAUCAGCACAGCUUGCAAGGCAGUCGCAUCUUUUACUACAAGACGAGUUAUCGCAUCAGCAAACCGAAAUUUGCGAGGUAGACGGUGCAACGUCACAGACAGGCAGUAGAAGUCAGACCCCUGUGUUAAGUCACCAGCAGUUCAGUUCACCAUCAGAACUCAAUGCUAACGCCGCAACGAUAAUACCAAUCCACGGAUCCGCUCAAGAAGUUAAAACAUCAUCAGACCCACUGCAUCCAGUCCCGGGAUCUCGUAGCUUUGAUUCUCGUGCGCUAAGUUUAUCCAGCCCAAGAUUUCACAGGACCCCUCUAUCCCUUCCUGAUCUUAAGAUAAACGAGAGGCAAGGAUAUCAAAGCAUCCCAUCUCCCCGAUCCUUGCAGCCAGUUGCCGAAGAAAAACCGAUGUUCGCUUUCGGAGCAGAAACUCCGGGUUCCAGGAGGUCGUCAUACGAUGGAAGGUUUCAAGAUUCUUGCCGUAACAGUGGUGAUAUGGGAACACAAGCAAGAGAAAGUGUUAGCUCCACAGGCAGUUUAAACGUGGCACCGGGAGGUCAGAACUUGAAUCGUCGGCGAAGCUCAAUGCAGAUCCCGAUUGAUUUGCGGCAAAUUGACCCCAAGCUAUACAAGUUACAAAUGAUAAACACACCAAGUGUGGACUCGACAGAAGCAGAGGCAGAUACGCCAAUGAUUCAUUUUGAUGUUUCAUACAAUGGCGACCUAGAAGUAUUGAACGUUAAACUUAUCCAGGCCCGGAAUCUUGCCACUCAAGAUUUCAGCGGAACUUCCGACCCUUACUGUACCGUUGCACUGGUGCCCGGGUUCAAUCCACGGAGGAGCAAAGUUCAUAAAAAGACAUCGAACCCGGAAUUUGGAGAAAGCUUUGUCUUUAGUGUUUCAAGCGACAAUUUGGAGGAUAAAGUGCUUCAGGUGAAAACGUACGAUUUCGACCAGUUUUCCAGAGACGAAUGCACUGGUGUUAUGGAACUUAACCUAAAAGAAAUUGAUUUUGUGAUGACACCCAACAUUGACCUCUGGCGGAAAAUGAAAUUUCCCGACGACCACGAAGUAUCAAAGACCAGCGAAACGUUCGGAGACUUAAUGCUUGCCUUGUCAUAUCUCCGCAGUGCUGAGAAACUCACUGUUGCUGUCCAGAAAGCGAGAAAUUUAAAAGAACCCGAGUCAAGAAAGGGAUUACCAGAUCCAUACGUUAAGGUCGCUCUUUACAAAGGGAAGCAACGAAUAAAGAAAAAGAAAACGGACACAAUCCAUUCAACGUGUAACCCCGUUUUUAACCAAGCUCUCACGUUUAGUGUUCCAUUCGACACUCUACAAGCGGCUGAUACGAAGCUAAUUUGUCACGUGGUGCAUGAUUUUAAACUCGGUUACAACGAAGACUUAGGACAAGUGGAAAUAGGACCAAACUGCAUGGACAGCGAGGAACGCCGCCAUUGGUCAGAAAUGAUGGCGCAACAUAUCAACCGACCAAUAGCAAGAUGGCACCACUUAAAACAACCCAGCCCUCCUACACAACGACUCUCAACCGACGAAAACCUCCCCAGUUCAUCGGGUCGAAGGAAAUCCUUUGCGGUCCCGGAGGCUCUUCAGUUACAUGGGCUAGCGGAUGUUAGUCGAAGAUCCUUUAGUUAGAAACUGACCGCAAGAUAUUCCAGCCAUAAGCCAUUCAAUAAGACAUCAGUCCUUGGAAGCUUAAGGUAUAGAGAACCCCAGACUCACAACAAAACCGCUAUACGCAAUCUCAGUGUUCCAAACCCGGAGUAUUUAAUAUAUUUCGCAAAACUUGAUAGUAUGUAGGCGUAUGGCGGACGAAACGUCGGUGUUUUAAGAUCACAAAACAAACAAUUGUCGAAAGAUCUUUUUUGACUUAGGAACAUUACCAAUUGAUGUCGAAUGAGACCCACUUAACACUGUAGCGGUUUAUCCUUGCGUAAUUCACCGAUUGUCAGAGUCGAAAUGCUGAAUCAGCCAUUAAGAUAUUCUCAUUGAAAUUUCUGUGUUUUGCGCUCUCUUUUUUUUGCAGACUGAAUUGUUUUGUAAUCGAUAUUUUGCACAUUACUACCUACUGCGCUGCCAGAUAGUCGCAGUUCAGUUCGCAAUCUUUUUGUUUCGUAAUCGCAGAGUUUUGGUCGAUUUGCAACAUGUCAGCGUACAAUAUAGAA